AUGUGGAUGCUUUCAGAGCACAUUUUCCCUCUCCAACCCUUCUUUCAUUCCCUCAGGGAGCCAGUGGAUGAAGUCCUCCAAAUUCCCCCUUCGCUGCUGACAUGCGGCGGUUGCCAGCAGAACAUCGGGGACCGUUAUUUCCUGAAGGCCAUCGAUCAGUACUGGCACGAGGACUGUCUCAGCUGCGACCUGUGCGGGUGCAGGCUCGGAGAGGUGGGCAGACGGUUGUAUUACAAACUGGGCAGAAAGCUCUGCAGAAGGGACUAUCUCAGGCUCUUUGGCCAAGAUGGCCUCUGCGCCUCCUGCGACAAGCGAAUCCGGGCUUACGAGAUGACCAUGCGGGUGAAGGACAAAGUGUAUCACCUUGAGUGCUUCAAAUGUGCUGCCUGCCAGAAACAUUUCUGUGUUGGGGACAGAUACCUCCUCAUCAACUCGGACAUAGUCUGUGAACAGGACAUCUAUGAGUGGACUAAGAUAAAUGGAAUGAUCUAGCAAAGACAUGCCUCCCUAGUCUAUAGAAGACAUCUCUCGGGCGACACCGAUGCCUAGCUGUUAGUGAGGAGAUCAUCACUUGAGCUAUGGGCUUUGUCUAAAAUGGGGGGAAAACACCACAGAGUCGGGCCUUUGCAGGCAGUGCUACAUAGAAUCUAAACUACAUAUAGGUGAAGAAGGGAGACCGAAGCAAUAGUAGAUAGACUGACUUCUGUUAACAAAGGCGUACGGACAAUAACUGACAUCAGCCAUGUAGGCCAGAGUUGGGGAACAAACACAACGCGAUAAUGAAUUCUCGUAACUGGAAAAUGAGUAGAGACUUCUGUAAAGAGAUGUUAUGACUUUGUCACCUGCAGACUAGGAUUGUGCAAUUGAAUUUUCUUUUCGUCUUGUUUUAGUUACUGAGUUUAGACGACAGCUCCUAAUGUAGACAUGAGGAACAAUACUGGAAGAAAAGGGCCAUCGCUUACGUGGUCAUUCUGUACGGCCUUACACUUCGGGUAGGAGAGAAAGCGGGAAGAGAGUGGGGGUUAUUUUUGCAUGGAUCUUUUUUUUUUUUUCCUUUGAGAAUGAACAGUGCAUCCUCUAGUCUCA